AUGCGCUUUUGGACUCUUGCUCUGCUACCCCUGGCCCUGGCUCUGAGCGCCAUGGGUCUCGCCGUCCGUGGCGACGACGCCAUUGAUCCCCAGGCAGACCCCUUCUACGAGCCCCCUGCCAACUGGGAGGACAAGCCUCUCGGUCACAUUUACCGCUGGCGUGAGGUGAACGUUAAAGCGAUCAUGGACUUCAAAAUUAAAAAAGCCUACCAGCUCCUGUACCGUACCUCGUACGUGAACGAGUCGGAACCUACUACGAGUGUGACCACCAUCCUGAUUCCGUACAAUGCCCAGAAGGACAAGCUCGUUGCCUACGGUGACUGGGAGGACGCCAACGGUCCUACCUGCGCCCCCAGCUACGCUCUCCAAAAGGGUAUUUUCGGACCUGACACGUCGGUGGUUCUCAACUAUGCCCUCAUGCUUCCCUUCCUUCAGGCUGGUUACCCUGUGGCCAUCCCUGACAAGGAGGGUCGCAAGAAUGCCUUUGCUUCGGGCUUCGUCGAGGGUCACCAAACCCUGGAUGCUAUCCGUGCUAUUGUGAAGUUUGACAAGAUGAAGUUCACUAAGAAUGUUCGCGUUGUUGGUUCGGGCUACUCGGGUGGUGCUAUCCAGAUUGGCUGGGCUGCUUCGCUCAUGCCUGUGUACGCACCUGAGAUUCCCGUUGUCGGCUGGUACUACGGUGGCACGCCGACGAACCUUGAGGCUCUGGCCAAGAAGCUGAACAAGGGCCUGUGGGCUGGUUUCCUGAUUGCCGGUUUCACCAGUAUUGCGGACACUUACUCCAGCUUUAAGAAGUUCCUCCACAAAGUCGGCACGCCCGAGCUGCUCAAUGGUAUGCAGUUCGUCCGUGAGCACUGCCUGAGCGACAACAACAACCAAUUCCCAUUCGCUGACCUCAUGUCGAAGAAGUACACUUCGCUGGGUGAUCAAAUUUUCGAGGCGGCCCCGAUCAAGGAGGUAUUUAAGAAGCUUCAGAUGGGCCGUGACCCCUCCCUGACGCCCAACGUGCCUGUCCUGAUGCAGCAUGGUGUGAGCGAUGAGAUUGCGGACUACAACGCUGCCAUGAACUCGUACACUGACUGGUGUGGGCACGGUGCCAACAUCCAACUGACUGAAUACAUCAACCCUGUUGCUGCCCACGCCCUGACGGCCAUUACGGGUAUCCCCUCGUCGUUCCUGUGGCUCAAGGACCGUCUGGAUGGUAAGGAGGUCGACUUCAAGGGCUGCCGGUCGUCCUCGACGGAAGAUAUCCUCUUCGACGUGAACGACCUGGGUGAAGAGUUCAAGGACGUGCUUGGCAUCAUUAAGGGUCUAGUUGGCUCGCGUAUUGGCCCGAACGACAGCCAGUACAAGAAGAAGGUCACUGCCGCCAACUAA